CUCUGUCCAUGUGUAUAGGAAUCAAUCGAUCCAUUUCACACAGAAUUCACCGGUUAAUCUAGCCGGAGGGUGCCGCCUAGCAACCAAGGGGUCAGGCCGUGGCUGCGCUAGAAGCCGGAGGGUGGCACCGCUCUGUGAGCCGCCGUCUCGCCUAGUGCCUUAGGCGGCCGCGUUACUGGGAACCGCGGGCUCUGGCGCCGGCGUACCUUGGCAGCCGCGCUCGGAGGAGCGCCGCCGGGCGUUCGCUGUCGCGGCCGCCGCCGUCGGUAGCCGGUGAGUUUUACCGCGCGUGGCCAAGAGAAGGGGUGGUCGCGGGUUGCGCGCCACCGAAGAAAGGAGCAGCGCUAGGAGUCACCUUCGUGCCGUAAGGAUACAGGCAGAGGGCAGUGGCUGCAAGCGCCGCCGCGCUGCGAGGAUCAAGCCGAAGGCUGCAAGGCAUGCCGCCGUUGAAGGUCCUGGUCGUGCGCGCGCCGGGGGCGCAGCCGCGUGGACCACCGGCCGCUUUGGGUCGCCUUGAGCCGUGCCACGAGGAACCACCGCAGGGAGGAGAGCAGCGCCGGACUUCGGUUACCUUGCCGUGCAGAGAAGAAGCAUGGGGAUGGUGCCGGCCUCCACCACAGGCUGAUGUCGAUGUGACGGAGCCAGGAGGAGCAGCGUCGAGGAAUGGCGUGGGGCAGGGCCGCCGCCGGCGCCGUGCUCUUUGGAUUCGGCCGUCGUCACUCGUCCUGGUGCUUUCGGUUCCUCCGUUCCUCUUCGUGCUCUCGGUAGAGGCAGUGCUGAUAACGUGUUUAAGAACUAAUGAGUGAGAGAAUCAAGUGAUCUUUCAUUGAUGAUUGUUGGGGGUAUAUAUACCCACCGAACAGACGCCUAUAAGGCGGUUACAAAGACAUCCCUUCGGGAUUACAGCGUUUGGACAAAAGUAACUACCUACUUAGCUUA